CACACACACACUCACACAGGUUAGUGGGAGUGUUCAAUUAGAUGCUGCAGCUACAGACGGACCGUCAGUCAAAAUCUAACUGUUUCCAAGAGCUGUUUCAUUUAGCUCUGCUCUCUGGUCCGCUAUGAAGCUCUAUGUUAUCGUCCUGCUGUGUGCCCUGUUCGCCCUCACCCAACAGGCACCUUCAGAUGAUACGUGUGCCUGUGAGUUGAACAACUCAGAGAAGGCAUUCCCUCAUGACAAACUCAGCGAAGUGAAGGAAAAUACAUCAAAAUGCAACAGCAACAUCAACCCACAGAAGAUCAUGGAGCUGAACAGUCUGCUGCUGGGUUUGGAGCGGCGUCUGCCCCAGCUGUUGGACGAUGUGUCAAUGCUGGAGAGGGAGGAUGACGGAGAGCUGUAUGGAGUGAUCAGCCUGCAGCUGAUAGAGAAUGAGAUGAGGGAAAUCAAGCAGUUCAUGGACCGGCUCAACAGCACCACCCUACGACACCAGCGCCUAACUGCUGACACCACUCAACAGCUGGAUGACCUGAAAGCAGAGAUGCAGGAGCUGGAGACGUACGACAGCUUGCAAGUGAUGAAGACACAACAAGCCAACCAGCGUCUGAAGAGAGACCUCGACCAGUGCCAGAACGGACACCCCUUCCCCCCGCCCAUUCAGCCACCACCCGGUAAAUGUUCCCACGGUCAAUUUGUGAACAUCACGGGGCCCAGAGUGCACACAGCAGGAGAGUACCCUGGCUCCUACAAGUACGGAGCCUGGGGGCGGGAUCCCAAACCAGAGGCGGGGAAGGAGAGCUGGCAUUGGAUGGUGAUCUUGACGUCAGGCAACAGAUUUGCCCACUACGUGCGUCUCUACUCCAGCCUGAGCUCCCUCAUUGUUGGGGUUAGCACACCAGGUAACGUCCAGAUCAGCCCCUCUAAUCCGACCACCAACACCAUCCAGGGUCCGAACGUUGUGAUGUAUGGAGAGGCCUUGUACUACAACUGUUACAACCAAGAUGAUGUUUGUCGAUUCAACCUCACCAGCAAAACUGUUACCACCGUAAAACUCCCCGUAGGCACCAGGUUUAACUCAAAGGGUAACUUCUGCCACCUGGAUGAAUGCUACCCUUACACAGACCUGGACCUGGCGACAGAUGAGUCGGGCGUCUGGGUGAUCUACACCACCAACCAGGACUUUGGCAACCUGGUGCUGUCCAAGGUGGAGCAGGGUGAACCGGUAACGCUCGGCCAAACCUGGCACACUUCGGUCUACAAGCAGGGGGUGACCAACACCUUCAUGGCCUGCGGCGUGCUUUAUGCAACGCGAUACGUCGACAAACUCAUGGAGGAGAUCUUCUAUUCGUUUGAUACAACGACAGGUGAGCAGAAGUUUGACCUUGGCAUCUUCAUCAAAAAGAUAUCUCCCAACAUCUUAGCCCUGAACUACAGCCCCGUGGAUAAGAUGCUACAUGCCUACUGUGACUCCUUCAUGGUCUCCUAUAAGGUUUUGUUUGAAAAAAUGUACUGAACAUUUUCAAUAAAAGCCUAUUUAAGAACAGUGGCUGCAGUAAUAGAUUCCAGCAACUGAAAUAAAGGAUAAUUACUUGAAAAGGGUCAGUAAAAAGCAUUGAGGAAUUGUGAAAGGAGCAAUACUAUGCAUGUCCAAUUAACAUGGUUAAUUGGACAUUGUGUUUUUUUGAAUUGCAAACUUGAAAGUUGAUUUUUGAGAGAGUUUGGAAACAUUACAUUAGGAUUCCAAGUAAUCAAUCUAUCUACAUUAGUUGAGGAAGAAGUGUUAAAAUGAUGAUGUGAAAACAUAAUAAAAUUGAUUUUAAAUUGUUUGAGCUUCA